GCGGAGCUAAGGGGAGCGGCGAGAAUUCCGGGCGGAGAUCGUACCUUUGUCUCACCGUCCCCCAGGCACCGCACCCUCUACGUAUUUUGUAUUCCAGGGCGUCUUCGAGCCAGAUACCAACUUCGCAUGUUGAAUUGGCUUUGGACAGCAUUGUGAAGCAAAGCUGCUAUGCCACUUGAAUUAAUAAAAGAAGUCAAUGGGGUGCCUCAAGUUGAGCCCCUAACUAAAUUACAGAAAGUACAUUUCAGAUCCCUGCAGCCAGGCUGUGAUUAUAGCGGGAAAUAUGUCCAGGGAAAACUUUCACAUAUCUCUUCUUUAACUUAUGGUGGAAACAGAAUAGCUACUUUAAAUGUUGGACUACAAGAACAAGAAAAUUCAAAUUCUGACAUCAACACCAUCAAUGUAUCAUUUUUUGGAAAAUUAGCAAAGGACUGUGCAAAAGUUUUCUAUAAAGGGGACACCAUUGCAGUGGCUGAAUUUAUUGUUUUGUCAUCUUCAUCUACAAGCAGAGAUGGGGAACAUUGCUUAGUUUUGAAAGCAUUUGAGGACUUGCAAUCGACUGUUUAUGUUUAUGUUAAAUCCGUAAGAGGUUUUUCUACACAAUCAGUGUCUUUGGUGCCAGCAUCACAUUAUGCGUACACACCCCUGAAUAAACUGAAGGCUGGUAUGAUCGUCAAUGUCUAUGGUGUCGUGAAAUUCUUUAAGCCUCCGUAUCUCAGCAGAGGAACUGAUUACUGUUCGGUUGUAACAAUUGUGGACCCGUCAGAUGCAAAGUUAACCUGCCUGCUCUUUAGUGGGAAUUAUGAAGCCCAUCCGAUGGUUUAUAAAAAUGGAGAUAUUGUUCGCUUUCACAGGCUGAAGAUCCAAAUAUAUAAAAACGAGACUCAAGGUAUCAACAGCAGUGGCUUUGCGUCUGUGACAUUUGAGGGAACUGUCGGAGCUCCUAUCACACCUCGUACUUCAAACAAGUGUUUUAACUUCACAACCGAGGACCACAAAAUGGUGGAAACCUUACGUGCUUGGGCAUCUAGUAAUAUUUUGCUUUCUUCGACAUUAGUAAAAUUGUGUGAUAUUCAGCCAAUGCAGUAUUUUGACCUGACUUGUCAGCUCUUGGGCAAAGCAGAAGUGGAUGGAGCAUCAUUUCUCCUUAAGGUGUGGGAUGGUACCAGGACCCCCUUCCCAUCUUGGAGAGUCUUAAUUCAAGACCUUGUUUUUCAUGGUGAUUUAAGUGACAUCCAGCGGCUACAGAAUCUGACAGUAGACAUUUUAGUCUAUGAUAACCAUAUUCAAGUGGCAAAAUCUCUGAAGGUUGGAAGCUUUCUUAGAAUUUAUAGCCUCCAUACCAAACUUCAGUCACUGAAUUCGGAGAACCGAGCGACAUCGUUAGCUCUAGAGUUUCAUCUCCAUGGAGGUACCAGUUAUGGUCGGGGAAUCAGAGUCUUGCCAGAAAACAACUCUGAUGUGGAUCAUUUGAAAAAGGCUUUAGAAUGUGCAAGUUUGACAGCCAAUCAAUGUUCAGAUGAUACGUGUCAGUUAGACUAUGAGGACAGCUUUCCAUCAAGCUCUGGAUCAGUAUCAAUAUAUGAGGAAGAACGAUGUCAACAAUUAUCAGCUACAAUUCUUACAGAUCAUCAGUAUUUGAAGAACAGCCAACUAUGUACUAUUUUGAAACAAAAAGCUCCUCAACAAUUUCGCAUCCGAGCAAAACUGAGGUCAUAUAAGCCCAGAAGCCUCUUUCAGUCUGUUAAACUUCGUUGUCCUAAAUGUCAUUCACUGCAAGAAGUUCCAUUUGAGGGUGAUUUGGAUAUAAUUUUGCAAAAGGGUGCAGCUAAAACCCCAAAUACCAAACUACAAAAUGCAUCAUUAUAUGAAUCAAAAAUCUGGACCACUAAAUAUCAAGGAGGACGAAAAGUAGCUAUUCAUUUUGUGAAAAAUAAUGGUAAUCUCCCACUUUCAAAUGAUUGCCUAAUUUUGGUAGAAGGAGGUACACUCUAUGAAAUCCAGAAACUCGCAAACAACUUUCAUAGUAUAAUUCCUGUGAAAUCUGGCCGUAGAAAACUGGAAGUCCUUGACCUUUCAGCACCAUUCCUUAUACAAGGAAAAAAACAUCACUAUGGAUGUAAACAGUGUUCUAUUUUGAGACCAAUACAGAAUCUAAAAUCCGUGGUUGAUAAAACAUCAUGGAUUCCUUCUUCUGUGGCCGAAGUACUGGGUAUUGUACCCCUCCAACAUGUAUUUGUGAUGACAUUUACUCUUGACGAUGGAACAGGAGUAUUGGACGCUUAUCUUAUGGAUACUGGCGAAUUCUUCCAUAUUGCACCAUCAGAAAUCCUAAACAGUGAUGACCUUCAGCAAAGUAUGGAUACGACCAUGGAUAUGUUAUGCCCUCCAGGAACAAAAAUUGAUGCAUACCCAUGGUUGGAAUGCUUCAUCAAGUCGUAUAAUGUCACAAAUGGAACGGAACAGCGAAUUUGCUAUCAGAUUUUUGACACCACAGUUGCAGAUGAUCUUACCUAAUAUUGACGUUCAGCUUACUAUAAUGUAAAAUAUUGUAAUUUUCGAAAACAUUACUAUUUUCUGUGAGAUUGCUAUAAAACACGUAAAAGAUUUACCUCAUUAGUUUAUUUUCUAUUUUAGCUACAAUUUUAUUUUUUUUUAUUUAACAAAUGGACAUUGUAUUAUUUUCAUGCCUUCUUGUAAGUUAAAAAUGUUCCUGUUGCUCAAAUAUCGAGUAUGAUAGCUGCUAAGGAUAUAAAAGAAAGAGGGCAUUGAAUAAAUAAGGACUUGUUUUAAUUUACUCUUUGUGGUCCCUUCAGAGAAGCUAUUUUGUUACCUUGCACUAGCAAUCACUUUUCGUGUUGGUUUUUCCAUGUAUCAGCCACUGAUUUGUCUGCAGUCCACCAUCUCUGGUUGAGCUUCCUUUCCUGCCCAGAUUUUUAUAUCAGCAAUGUUGAUAAUUUUAGCCUGGUCGUGGGAUCAGGAUAUGUCCUUACCUUAAAUCUCUCAGCUUUGACUGAGUGUACACCAUGUAGUAGCUUGUGGUUUUGUUUUGUUUUGUGUUUGUACAAAGGGAUCUGCUUAAACAAGUACUCUCGUCAAAGAAAUGCUUUUCCAAGUGAGCUACACUGUACUUAAAAGAGUGGUUUACUUUAAGUGGAAGUGGCGGAAUUGCUUUCUUUGAGUGCUGAUAUUGACCAAUAUAGGCUAAAUCCUUUUUUCAGACCAGAAUUAUGUGUUUUGAUUGCUUAUUUUUCUACAUGAUAUUAGAAGUUACUCCAUUUCACCUCAGCUUAAUAAAGUGGUCAGAUGUUAGUGACUUACUUAUAUUACCCUUUUCAAAAUAGUCUUAUGUGAAAUGUAUUUCAGAUUGAACAGUGAGAUGUUAACUCGGGUAUAUAGUCUACUUUUUAUCUGACAAUAUGUCCAAUUUAAAAUCAUGAAUAUUCAAUUUUAUACAAAUUCUUCUGUAUAAUCUCUAUAUACAUAGAUUUAUGUAUGUUAUUUGCUAAAGAGAGAGAGUUACAGAUCUGUCUAGUUCAAUAUUGAAUAAAUGUACACAUUUCAACUGUUUCAUUUGUUUGCCCUGUUUGAGCCGAGGCAUGAUUUGUGGCAAAGAAUCAAAGCAGGUAUGUCAAGAUAGCAGGUAGUUAGGACUGUCUGCACACCAGGUACUAUGCUAAGCACUUUACAUGCAGUUGAGUCUCACAACAACCCAUUUUCCUGAUAAGAAAACCGAGGCUUGAUUGAUUAGCUAACUUGACUAAGUUCACACAGUUAUUAAAUGUUAGUACUUGAAAUUAGAACAAAAGCUAGCAUGGGCAUUUCUGUAAAUGAGUCCUGCCUUAAAUAGCUGAAGUAACACUGGAAGUAGGAGGAGUCACUGGUAUGUUUUCUUACACUAACCAAAGGCUUGUAACACCUUAUUGGCAAGAAGGAUUGACUGUCUAAUUUCCUGCACUCAUCAUAACUGUAAGUUCUAGUUCCUGAGUAUGUUAGCACGUCUCCAGACCUAACUACCC